AGUACGACAACUUCCGAGUUCGUACCGCGUUGGCGUACGCUCGUGCCAUUCGUUUAUCGUGGGGGUUUUCCAUUGACAUUUUCCUUUUCCGUUGCAAGAAUGUUCUAGCUUCGCGUAGUCACAUUAACAUCGGCACAUGACACGAACGGCCACCAUUCGGCAAACGAACGGAGAACAAGCAUCCUCCGUUCAACGAAUAGUUUACAGUGUUACAGUGCUUUCGUUGCCCGUUGUGAUUGGAGGCUGUUAAAAUAGUUUAGAUGUUUAGUUAAAACUUUGCGUAGUAUCUCAUUGCUUUACGCGUAGCAACGACCCACAAAGGAAGCAAGGUUACCAUUUCCAGAUAUUGUGGGCUUUAAAAAAAUCCAUCCGCCCUGUCUGCCCUACAGUGGGGCUACAGCUUCUACAGUGCUGUGUGGGAAGUAUUGGACAACUUCUCCUUGCCAGAGAUUCCCAUAUUAAUCAUGGCUCCUACAAACUGGUUGUGGUUUGGAAACAUAUUUUUUGUGUCCUUCCCGUUGGCGAUUUUGGGAAUCGAUCUAAGUAGACUCUACGGGCAUAUGCCAGCUGUUUCUAAGCGCAAUGAGGCUUGCCAUCCAUACGAGCCGUUCAAGUGCCCGGGUGAUGGAAAUUGUAUUUCCAUACAGUACCUUUGCGACGGAGCGCCCGAUUGCUCCGAUGGGUAUGACGAAGAUAUGCGUCUUUGUACAGCAGCAAAGCGUCCACCAGUAGAGGAAACAGCAUCAUUCUUACAAAGCUUGCUGGCAUCACACGGUCCUAACUAUCUGGAAAAAUUAUUCGGAAGUAAAGCGCGUGACGCAUUAGCACCACUUGGUGGUGUGGAAAAAGUGGCAAUUGCUCUCAGUGAAUCGCAAACCAUCGAAGAUUUUGGAGCCGCUCUCCAUUUGAUGAGGUCUGACCUCGAGCAUUUACGAUCAGUUUUCAUGGCAGUGGAGAACGGCGAUUUGGGCAUGUUAAAAUCGAUCGGUAUCAAAGACUCAGAGCUGGGUGACGUAAAGUUUUUCCUAGAGAAACUCGUCAACACUGGCUUCCUAGACUGAGUAUCGUCCGAGCUGCCGUAUAGAAGUAGCUUCUAUUAUUUACUACCAUUAACACCGCAGAUUUAUUCUUAUUUAGGCUCACCGGAAGGUUUCAGCUAUUAAGAAACAAUAAUUCUAUCAUUCACUGUUACCAGUCACUGAGGCAUGUGCCGUAUGUUACCAGUGAAUCUUGACGACCAUAUGAAAAAAAAGUUAUUUUAUUUUAUUAUAUCAUCAGGAACAUGUUUCGUUAGACUUCCGUAAGAAGAAAAGAAGUAGAGCCUGCCGUAACGAUGUGGAGUUUGGCGAAUGAGACAAAUAUCAAUUAUGGAUGACUGCUCGCUGGAAAGGAAAUAUUAGCAUAGAAAAUCAAUUAAUCUUUGCAUGAGCAGCAUUUAAGCCAAUUGAAAAAUCCUGACACAAAUCAUGAUCCAAACCUGCAUCAUCGUCACCCAAGCCUCUACUUCGAUACGAUUUUCGCUUCAAUGAAGCAUAUAUUGUUGUUGACUACAACAAGUAAAACGAACGAACAGAUUGCAUCACGAUGCAGCGAAUUUUCUAAAAGAGGAAAGGAAACUACGGAAGGAAACAACCAUCUAAGAAGGUUGUUAAUGUCAGUAGCACAAAAAAAAACAAAAAAAAAAUAAAAAAAACUCUAGCAUUGGCAACCAACGGAAUCAAUUCACGUCCAUUAGCUUAUUUAAGAAAUACUGUCAUUCGUAAAGUUUAGUUAUUUAGUUUAGUGUUAAUAUUUGUUUGCCCAUGUGCAUCUCGAGCUACUCGAAUGUGUCGAGCGUGUUAUAAAGAGAUAACAACAGUAGAAAUUCCUAGGAUGAGAUGAAAUCGAUCAGAUCAGAAGUGAAAAUAAGAGUACAGAAACAUAAAUACAUAUCAUUAUAUUUAGAGUGCCCCCAUGCAUGCUUAUACAUUAUACACGUAUACACGAUUUUGAAAUGAUCACACACUAGCGUGUGUUCGUGUGCAAAUUACCUUAUCAUACCAUGCUCUUACGAAAAAAGCACACACCCACACAUACAAAAAUCAAAACAUAUCAACCGAAAGAUGAUACCGAAGGAGGGAUGUACCUUAUGUAUCGUGUAAUGCAAAGACUAUAGACUGGCGUUAUAACCAGUAGGUUAAGAGAGAAGGCGAUUAGUGUUGUGGUGUCGCCAUGCAUUGCAUUGUAAGCAGAUAGAGAGAAAAAAACAGGGACAAAGGAUUACUUCAAAUUUUGCAUUCAGAGACAACGCGGAAGACAAUUCAUGGAUAAACUAAUGUUUAAAGCAAAACCAGAAGACAUAUCAAAUUUUUAGAAACCUUACCCCCCCCCCCCCCCUCUUUUCUCCCACUCUAUACACUAGUACACUGUUAUAGAGAACUGAUUUUUGGAGAAUGUAUUGGCUCUAUAAAUUAUACACCAGUUCAGCAUUGAACACCUCUCACCCACGUACAUUUUCUGCAGUAGUUCACACAAACCCACACUCUCACACCAUAAUGUAAAUCGCAUUUAUAGUUUACUCACUUGCAAGCUAAAUACAGCCUUAUCGUUGAUGCCACCACCACUACCACCACCAUUCGCCCUAAAUCAACACAAAAUCAAACUGAUAUGGUGUAUGUAAAAUGUAACAAUCAUCGAUUGUAUCCAGAAGAUGAAAAGAAGUACUUGACGCAGUGGAGUAGUUUGCUGUUGAGAUAAAAGCAUAUACAACCUAUACCAGCAAACACGAAGAACACACCACAACACGCAACAUGCGAAACGUGCUAUGCUCAGCAUACAAAAGAAAAUAUAUCUAAACCGGUAUCUUGUGUCAA